AUGGGGUCUAAGAAAAAAUCAAAUUCCAAUAAGAAUUCUCUCUCCGCUUCUGAAGAUAAAGACAUGUCGAUCUCAGGACUUCGUGUUAAACAUGAAAAAGAACUAGAAAAUUUGACUUUGAUAACGCAGCCUGUCAGAACACUGAAGUUUUUCAUUCUGGCUGUUGUUAAGUACCUCAGGCGCUCAGUAGCAUAUCUUUUGUCACAUGGUGGUUGGAUUGUGCUGUUCAGUACCAUUAUUGCGAUAGCUGGGGUACUACUUGUGACUAUUGAUGGUCCUCAUGAGAAGCAUGUUGAGGAAGUUCUAUGUUAUAUACAAUUUGGAUUAUGGUGGGUGGUUCUUGGCGUUGCAUCUUCUAUUGGCCUUGGGUCUGGGUUGCACACUUUUGUUCUCUAUUUGGGGCCUCAUAUUGCUUUAUUCACCAUUAAAGCAAUGCAAUGUGGCCGAGUAGACAUCAAAAGUGCUCCGUAUGAUACAAUACAAUUAAAAAGAGGCCCUUCAUGGCUUGGGAAGGAUUGUGCAGAUUUUGGACCCCCUUUGUUUUCGUCUUCACAUGGUACACGGGUUCCGCUUGGUAGCAUAUUGCCCCAGGUCCAAUUAGAGGCAAUCUUGUGGGGCCUCGGGACUGCACUUGGAGAACUUCCCCCUUAUUUUAUUUCUAGGGCAGCGAGCUUAGCAGGUGACAGAGUGGAUCCCAUGGAAGACUUGGAUAUGUCCACAAGCGAAGAGAAUGGCAUUAUAUCUGCUAGGUUAAAUCAAAUUAAGCGGUGGUUCCUAUCACAUGCCCAAUACUUGAACUACUUUACUAUUCUAGCUCUUGCUUCGGUUCCAAAUCCUUUAUUUGAUCUUGCAGGAAUCAUGUGUGGACAAUUUGGAAUUCCUUUUUGGGAGUUUUUUCUGGCAACAUUGAUAGGGAAAGCAAUCAUCAAAACUCACAUACAGACAGUGUUUAUUAUUUGUGUGUGCAACAAUCAACUUCUCAACUGGAUAGAAAAUGAAUUGAUUUGGGUGCUCAGUUUUGUACCUGGGUUCGACUCUAUCCUACCCAACCUAAUCACCAAGCUUCAUUCCGUGAAAGACAAGUACAUGGCUAUGAAACCAAACGUUUCUUCAAAUAUUGAGGUGAAGAAAUGGGAUUUCUCAGUUGCUUUCAUUUGGAAUACCAUAGUAUGGUUCAUGCUAAUUGGUUUUUUCGUUAAGAUUGUGAAUGCAACUGCACACAGGUAUCUAAAGAAACAGCAAGAAGAGGAAAUAGCUGCUUUGAAGAACAAGUCAUCGAAUGAUUCUGAUCAUUCACCUAGAUGA